UCCACCCCCAGUCCACACGGCGGCGGUCGUCACGUUGGACUUCGCUCGGGUCGAGUAGAUGGAGACGAGAGGCGAUCUCGCCUCCAUCCUCCCGUUCCUCCCUUUGGUUCUCCGCUCCUCUUCCCUAUGCUGGCCCUCCGGGGCCCUCGGAUCGCUCAAAGCUCUCGCCUUGGGCUCCGACGUCAGUCGCAUCCGCUCCGGCGAGGUCCUUUUUGACGCCAUUCUCGACCUGAGGGAAUCCCUCGGUCUCUCAUCCCAACCCUUGGCCUACGGAUCCGCCUCUGGAUUCUCCUCCUUCUUCGAUGAGCUGAUGUCAAAGGAAGAUUCGAGGAUAUGGUUCGACAAUGUUGUUCCUGAGAUGGCUAGAUUGCUGCUGCAGCUACCUUCUCUCUUGGAGUCGCAUUAUCUGAAAUCCGAUGAGCUGUUUUCUGAAGGGAAGUCUGGCAUCCGCAUCAUGGGUCCUCAGGAACCGGGCAGAGUGUUUCUUAGUCAGGAACUGAUAGCUGCUCUUCUAUCAUGUGCAAUGUUUUGUUUAUUUCCCACCAGUGAUAGAGGCUUUAGAGGUCUUCCGAUCAUCAACUUUGACAACUUGUUUGCGCCUCUCUAUUGGAAUGAGAAGCAGCACCAAGUACAGAAAGUUAAAUGCAUCGUUCACUAUUUCGAAAGGAUAACCUCAAAAAUGCUAACUGGAUCUGUUUCCUUUGAACGAAAAGUUCUGCAUGUUGACAAUUCUGACCAUGGUUUAGCAUAUUCAUCAACUACUUACUGGAGGUCAUCUACUACGCCUUUAUGCCCCUUUGAGGUCUUUUCUGAAGGCUUGAUAGAAGACCAGCCAUAUGAAGCUAUUGAAGUGGAUUUUGCAAAUGAGUAUUUUGGAGGAGGAGCUCUUGGUCAGGGAUGUGUGCAGAAAGAUAAACAUUAUCAACAUUAUCUUGGGAUUUCAAAACAGGAAGAAAUCCGAUUCAUGAUAAAUCCAGAGUUAAUUGUUGGGAUGCUUUUCUUGCCUUCAAUGAAUGCUAAUGAGGCCAUUGAAAUUGUUGGAGUAGAGAGAUUUUCCUCUUACAGUGGAUAUGGCCACUCUUUUCAAUUCAUGGGUGACUAUCAAGAUAACAAGCCCUAUGAUUCAAUGGGAAGGCGGAAAACAUGGAUUGUUGCUAUAGAUGCUUUAUGUAAUCCAAGAAUGAGGCAAUAUGGAAUUGAAUACCUUGUUCGGGAGACAAAUAAAGCAUUAUGUGGAUUUUUCGACCAAUCAAAGUACAAGUGCAGAAUUGAGGAUAUUGGAAAUUCCGAAAGUAAAGGUAACCCGGAAGGAACUAGUGUCAGCGAAAGUUCUCAAGCGAGAAAUUUUCAAGGCAGCAGAGGAAUUGCAACUGGAAACUGGGGAUGUGGUGCUUUUGGUGGUGACCCUGAAAUCAAAAGCAUGAUUCAGUGGCUUGCUGCAUCAGAGGGAUUGAGACCUUUCAUCCAUUAUUAUUCAUUUGGAGAAGCAGCCUUGCAGAAAUUAGAAGAGGCAACCCGAUGGAUCCUGCAGCAUGGAUGGACAGUCAGUGAUCUUUGGAGCAUGUUAGCUGAAUACUGCGACCAAAGGCUGAGUUCCAAAACCUUCAAUGGGUUCUUUGAUUGGCUACUACCUUGUAAUUAUUUUUAGGACAUGCUGUCUCACGUCUGGAUAGCUCAGUUCUCCGAGUUAUACUGCUAGAAAAAGGUACAUUUCUGUCUCCCAAGUAAAAUAUAUCUUCGUGGACAAUCUCCGAUUUCCAUGGUACUUGUUUAACCUGCAACCUGGAUCGACAAACUUUUGGUUAAAUCAUAAGCAAGCCUCCAAGUAAA